GGAUGAGGAUUCUUUGAACAGUGAAUUUACAUAGACGUAUAGUCAUCUUCUUAGCAGUGUUUCAUCUAAUAUACUAUAAUACAAUAUUGAAGCAUGAGGUUACUACUUGAAGUACUGAGUAUUUUGAUGACACUUUUGACCAAUGGACACUCAGCAAUCGGUAAGUCAUGAUUAUUUUGAUGACACUUUUGACCAAUGGACACUCAGCAAUUAAUCGAGUGGCCUGUGCAGAACAGUAUCAGGCUUGUAAACGGAAACUCAAAGCUAGAAGGAAGAGUGGAGGUUUUUACAGGAUAUGAAUGGGGAACAGUCUGUGAUGACGAAUGGGGGGACAUAGAUGCUGGCAUUGUUUGCAGAGAAUUGGGAUAUACUUCUAUUAGAGCAAAGGCGCUAGGUUCGGCAACAUUUGGCGAAGGAUCAGGGCCAGUGUACUUCGAUAAUGUGGGCUGUAAUGGCACAGAGAAUAAAUUGGGAGAUUGUGGUAGGCAAAGAAAUUGCCGACAUGAUGAAGAUGCUGGUGUCAUGUGUUUAGAAGAAACGUACUUUCUGUUCGGACUAACAAUACUUAGAAACAACAGUAUUAUCACAUUAAGCGAACUUCACGAAAACAACAUUUCAAACUUAGCGUGCACAACGGAAAACGCUAUAUGUUGUUCUGAGACUCAAUACGAUUUUGCUAUUGGCUGGGAGUUUCCAAAUGGAUCUUAUGUCAGCACCUCCAAUCAAAAUAUUACUGGAGUCUAUUUAAGUACUCGAAACAAGUCAAUGAUCCUUCAAGUCACUGCUGAAGCGUCUUAUACUACUGGGAUAUACCAGUGCACUAUCCCUGGUUUAAACAACCUAAGCAAUCACUUAUAUAUUGGAAUUCUUAGGGACUCCGAUGGGUGCUUGCAAAUUGAGCGGCUUUACUAUGAUCAACGAGAUGGAAAAAUUGUCUGUUUGUCAAUUGGAGGACCAGUUCAGCGAGUAAUGUGGAAGAAAGAUGAUCAAGAAUUGUUCACUGUGAACCCAAAUUAUGAAUUCUCACAAGAAUUGCUUGACAGGACGAAUGGAACAUACAAACACAUACUAAGAUUCCUAUACAAGGGUGAAGAUGAUUCAGGGACCUACACUUGUGACAUAACAAACCAACUGGGAGAUACUGCUGCCAUAAUUAACAUAACAGCAUGUGCGCAAGAUUCUAUAAGACUGCAACGUAAAGAUGAUCAAACUAUGUUUCAAGUGUGUUUCGAAGACGAAUGGUACCAAGCUGUAACCAUCAAUGAAGUUGUCUUCAGAAAAAACACAAACUCCGUGUAUUUAAUAGAUUUCAAGCUAUUUCCUUCAGAUGAAUCAAUUAAAGUUCAGUCCGAUAACAAUUCUAUCAACUCCAGUGUAAUCAUCAAGUGUUCCACUAAAUUUCAAAACCUUUUGUUUGCUAACAAGACUGACCAUACCACAGUCUCGGUAGAACACCAGGGAACAUUGAACAUAUCUAUUAACGGACUUCUUCGGGACACUCCUUAUCAAUGCUGCCUUACAAUGAUGAGCAGCCCAUUCAAAGGCAGUACGAUCCCAUCGAUUACUACUCAGUGUACACAUGUGAGAACAACUAGUAAUUCACAGGACUCAGAAUCGACAACAAGUAUAAUUAUUGCACUCGGUACGUUGGUUGGAAUAUUCGUGUUUCUACUUCUCACUACCAUUGCCAUCUGUUUAGUGAAGAGAAUCUGUUGUGGACAAGGGUUGUCACGUGAGUCGUUCGAGGGCUCCAUCAUGAGGCAGAAUCCUUUAUAUGAGUCAGCAGAGGAAACAACAUCAAAACCUGUGCCUGUGCCAGAUAUCCACAUUUACUCAGACGUAUACCUGCUAAAAAGGGGGGAGCCUGAAAACAACCACCAGUAUGUAGACAUUGGAGUAGUUCCUAGGAACAAGAAGACGCCCAGUGACACAUCGGAAGUUGCAAACCCAUUGUAUUCAACAGGAGAAUUUUUGGUACAAUAACUUUACUUUGAUACUGAAUUUAGAAUAUUACGUAGCGUGAUAUUUGUCAUCAAGGGUAAAUUUACAUGUAUAUAUAAUUAUAUAAAACAAUA